GCUAAACAUGGUCGAAUAUCACAGAGCCGGUUUACUGUAGGCUUGAGCCAUCUGCCAGAUUUGAGGGCAGCCUAUUGGUAUUUCUGACACAUCUCCAGAAGACCUGAAAUGCUGCGAUAAAGCCUCCGGCCGGGAUUCGACCGGCCGACGGCGCACACCCGCCCCAAUGAUCCAGUGCCAGUGGACCGAAGAACCCCCACCAAAUGUCCCCGCCUUCGGACGACAGCGCACCGAUGCGGAGAUCUGUGGUGUUGGUCCUUUCAAAUAAAGAUCGCAGCUUCACAACUCAUACGUUGUGCUGAUUCCUAAUUCAACCAUAUUGUUAUUCACAAGUCCUUAAAAACAGCAAAUUAUACGGCCAAGAUGUCGAUGUCCACUGAAGACUGCGCAAAGUCCCGGGAGGGCUUCCCUCGCCCGUUCCCCAACACACCAUCUAACGUCCUAGACCAGUUACGAGUGACGGGCAAAGUUAUCGUGGUCACCGGUGCUGCCGACGGUAUUGGCUAUGCUGUUUCUGAGGCCAUGGCUGAGGCCGGCGGCAAUGUUGCCUUGUGGUACAACUCAAAUGACGCUGCCAUCCAAAAGGCACAAGAUCUAGCAAGCACACACAGCGUCAAGACCUCGGCUUACAAGGUGGAUGUGUCCGAUUCCAACCAGGUUCAAGAGACUAUUGCCAAGGUUUUGAAUGACUUUGGCAAGAUUGAUGUGUUUGUUGCCAACGCUGGCAUGGCCAUUUCAAAGCCCAUUCUGGAGCAAACCCUGGACGAAUACAGGAAACAGAUGUCGGUAAAUGUGGACGGAAUUGUGUACUGCUCCAAGUAUGCUGGUGAAGUCUUCAAGAGCCAAGGCUUCGGCAAUCUCAUCAUCACUUCGAGCAUGAGCGGCCAUAUCGUCAACGUCCCUGUUGACCAACCCGUCUACAACGCCACCAAGGCGUACGUCACGCACUUUGGAAAGUCCCUAGCCCGCGAGUGGAGAGAGUUUGCCCGUGUCAACAUUGUAUCUCCAGGCUUCUUCGACACCAAGAUGGGCGCUGGCCCAGAUGCUUUGCAAGAAGCAUACCGCAUGGCAGCUCUGGGUAGACAAGGCCACACCAAGGAGAUUAAGGGCCUGUACCUUUAUCUAGCGAGCGAUGCUUCUACCUACAUGACUGGUAGCGAUGUCCUUAUUGACGGCGGGUAUGUCUUGCCUUGAGCGACCGUACGUCAAGAAGACGCGGAGUUCGGGGUUAUUAUUAGAAGCGGUAGAGAGAAUAGAACGCGCUCAAUAUCCAUGACUCUUCUCAUACCACAGAAAUGACAUUGAUGAGUUCAUGGGUAGGCUCUAUUUGACAAUUGUAUAGAUAAUUGGCC